GGAUGGACACGUAGGAUAACACGCCGGGGAUGGACACGUAGGAUAACACGCCGGGGAUGGAGAUGUAGGAUAACACGCCGGGGAUGGACACGUAGGAUAACACGCCGGGGAUGGACACGUAGGAUAACACGCCGGGGAUGGACACGUAGGAUAACACGCCGGGGACGGACACGUAGGAUAACACGCCGGGGACGGACACGUAGUAUAACACGCCGGGGACGGACACAUAGUAUAACACGCCAAGGACGGACACGUAGUAUAACACGCCGGGGACGGACACACAGUAGAACACGCCGGGGAUGGACACAUAGGAGAACAUGCUUGAGGACU